CGUCCCUUCCUUCCCUUCCUAGCUAGCCCUUUGCACUACUUUCCCUAUUCACUUGCCCCCCUGUCGCCGAUCAUGUCAUUAGGCGUAAACCUGUCGUCUCCAGCCAUCCGCUCGGCCUACGAGGCUGUCCUCGAUGGCAAGAAGGACUACCUCGUACUCACCUACGAGAAGAACUCAAAUGAUCUCCGAGUACAAGUCGCAGAGAAGGGCGAUCUCGACUAUCUCUCUGAAGAGUUCUCCGACGGUCGCAUACAGUAUGCUUUUGCCAGAGUCAUCGACCCCAACUCCAAGCUCCCCAAGUUCGUCCUCAUCAAUUGGUGCGGCGAUGGUGUCCCAGAGAACCGCAAGGGCCUCUUCUCGUCCCACUCGGCAUCUGUAGCCCAGUUCCUCAAAGCGUAUCACGUUGCCAUUCAAGCCCGCUCCGACGCGGACGUCGAGCCAGCUGUUAUCAUGAAGAGGGUGACCGAUUCUUCUGGAGCAAAGUAUGGAGCUGGCGGAGACGCUGCCAACACUCAACGAGGGGGUCCCAUCGUCCCAGUGGGUAGCUCCUACAAGCCGGUAGGAGCGCCAGACAUCAAGAGUAUGCAGUCUGGCGCCAAGAAGGAUGUCAUCGAGCCAGUUGGUUCCUCGUACAAGCCUAUUCGCAAUGAGCUGUCCGACAUCAGAUCUGGAGCAACCUCAGCGCCAUCUGCGCCCCCUCCUGCUCCUCGGCAAGCCCCUAUAGCUGCCCCUAAGCCAGCUCCAGCCCCAGCCCCAGCUCCCGCGCCAGUCCAAGCGUCGGUACCUCCUGCACCUCGUCCAACAGCAUCAGCAGCAACGGCGCCGCCAGCUUCCCAGCCAGAAGACGACAGGAUCAAGCCUGUCGGUACAUCCUACGAGCCCGUACGAAUGGGCAAGCCGGGAAAGCUAGGCUCGCGAUCCUUUCCCUUCAACCAGGCCGCUGCCGAACCGGCGCCGGCUGCCCCUGCUCCUAGAGCCGUGAGCGGUGCAGGGAAGCUGACUUGGUCUCAAAGACAGGAAGCGGCGAAGCAGGAGCGCGAGGCGGAGGACCGAAAGGCAUCAGCAGCGAUGGCCGGCUCCGCUCCCCUAGGAGCUUCUGCCGUGGCCGCUCAUUCUGUUCCCCAAGCUCCUUCACCGCCGCCGGCUCCUCCCGCUCCGCCAGCCCCGCCUGCUGCUGCUGCGGCCCCUCCAGUCUCUCAAGUCGCAGAGACACUUGCUACUACCAAGAUUGCCGAUGAUGGACCAUCCGGCCAUGGCGCAGGCUCCGAUUCUGGCGACAAGGCAGUCGUCCUCUACGACUAUGAGGCUGCAGAAGAAGGCGAGAUCUCGCUGGCGGAAGGUCAGACGAUCACUGAAAUUCAACAAAUCGACGAAGGUUGGUGGUCCGGCGUCACCCCAGAUGGUCAAGAAGGUCUUUUCCCGGCUACCUAUGUUGAGCUGGUACCUGCCGUAACCUCUGGAGGUCAGCCUGAAGAAGACGCAGCGCCACCUCCUCCUCCUCCUCCUCCGGCCCCACCUGCUCCUCCGAUGCCCGUCUCGGAACCUGAGCCAGAGGCAGAAGCGCCCCCUCCCCCACCGCCGCCCCCUCCCCCUCCCCCCGCUCCGGCAGCAGCGGCCAUACCCGAGGCUCCCCCAGCUCCCCCCGCUCCUCCUGCUCCUCCUUCUCCUCCCCCCGCUCCAGCGCCUCCUCCUGCACCAGCUGCUCCUGCGCCGCCAGUCAGCAGUAGUGGUCCAUUUGCCAUUGCCCUGUACGAGUACAGCGCUGCAGAGGAGGGCGAAUUGACCUUUGAAGAGGGGGACCGCAUCGAGGAAGUAGAGUUUCCCAGCGAUGAGUGGUGGAGUGGGCUCAAUGUCAGCAGUGGUGAGAGGGGCUUGUUCCCAGGGAACUACGUGGAGUAUCACGAGGAGUAAGCGACGGAAGGUCACGGAAGCGUUUCGGCAAGGGAAGGUACGGUUGAAGGGCUCUGCGACGUGUAGAAGCUUCUCAAUGGCAAUAAGACUUAUACAUAGUGCGGCCCCAA